UGUCACCACUGUACCUGGAUGAGACAGUCCUGCAUCCAGCUGUAUUCUUACGUAUUGUUUUAAAGCGUAUCGCAAGACUCGACACGAUCAUCUGACAACUGAAAAUUACGCCUAGCCCUUAAUCGUAAAGGUUGGCAAAUCAAAGCCAAUUGACCCACGAAACUGCGUUGCUGUCUGUUGCUAAGAAGAGGGGCGCUCGCCGCAUCUGUUGCCGGGGUGAAUUGAUUAAAAUGUUAGCAUCCAGCUAGGUAGCAAUAUUUCUAGAUCUCAGGCGCAACAACGAGGUUUAAAUCGAGAAUGAAUCAUGUCAUCUAUUGCUUCUGGUAGACAGCACUCGAGAUGAAUCAACACUAAUUUUCGCGUUCGGUUUCGGGGCUCUACAUUACGCCCGAACAGGAAGACGGACCUUAAAAUGUAGAAAUUGGGUACAUGUAAGGUUAAAGAGCUAACUGCAGCUAGCAGACUAGCUUCAUGAAAUACAACUAUAAUCUAUGCGGCUACCGCAAAACGUAGCUGCACUGCUAGCCAACAUGGACUGUUUGUUUUCCGUGAAGCCUGACGUUGUUAGAGAUGAAUAAAACGAUUGUAGUGUAUUCGACCGAGAGCUAGAAGGCCGAUGCGACAAUGGAGUCUUUCCUGCAGAUAGCUCCCCAUUCUUUGGCUAUAGUGCUAUCCAGGGUCGGGGCUGGGGAGGCGUUAGGGGGCAGGGUGUCUGAAAGCGAGGAGUUCCCGAGACACCACACCGGCUAUGAGAUUUUUGCCGAUUUUAAAGCAGAAAAUACCCAGCAUCAUGUAUGGAACCAGCGGAUUACAGAGGCCGUGUCCGAGACUUUCUUCCUGGGAUGGAUUGACGAGCAUGUGCUAUUAAUUCAAGGCAAGGAAGACCACCUGGAGGUGCUGAGGGAGGGAUGGAUGCGGAGGUCUCUUAAUCCGCCUCGGGGAUUCACCAUUAAAUACCUCGGUGAUGUGUCACCGAUCAGUAUGUCCCCCAUCAGCCAAUCACAGUUCAUCCCUUUGGGAGAGGUUUUGUUAUUGGCUAUCUCUGCUAUGAACUCUGCCCAUAAGCCUGUCACUCAGGAGGCCUUAACUGAACACCUGCAGACAUGUUUUCCAGGUGUACCUACACCAACGGAGGAGGUUUUGCGCCAUACUCUGAACAUGCUGGUCCGUGAGCGGAAGAUCUACCCGACAUCUGAUGGAUAUUUUAUCGUAACUCCUCAAACCUAUUUCAUUACUCCAAGCCUAAUCCGAACUAGCUCCAAGUGGUAUCACUUGGAAGAGCGUUCUGCUGACCGACACCAACAUCAGAACCAGCAGCAGCAGCAUCAGCAGACACAGUGCACCUCCCCUCUCUCUGGCACCAUAACCCCUUCCACCUCCGGGGGUGUGCGAGAACGAACACACCCAAAGUCCAACCAGAAUCACAGCGGGGGAGGUGGGGAUUCUUUUUACAACAACAGUUAUCGUGGAGACGACCCCCCUAGUCACCACACCACCCUGCAGCGGCGAUCCCCCAAAGACCACCGGGAGGCGUACUCGGUACCUCACUCCCCACAAACACCCCCUCAGCAAGCAGGAGGGAACACUGAAAAGAGCCGCAGUUCACUCGGGUUCCCGUUCAAGACGGAUACACUAAACAAGCACCGAGGUGGGGGCGCAGCAGGAGGAGGGGUAGCAGGAACUGCAGAUAUAGAGAAACAAGCUGGAGCUAGUGCUACAGGAAGUCGAAAGUUUGGUUUGAAGUUGUUUCGCUUGAGUUUUAAGAAAGAUAAGGCCAAGCAGCUUGCAACCUUCUCUGCACAGUUCCCCCCUGAGGAAUGGCCACUACGGGAUGAGGACAUACCCAGCCAGCUGCCACGCCACGUAGAGAUGGAGAUCAUCCGUAGAAUCAAUCCUGACCUCACAGUGGAGAAUCUUGCUCGACACACAGCAGUCAUGAAGCGUCUUGAAGAAGAGCGUGCUCAGAGGAGCAAAGCAUCGUCGGCCAAUCACAGCUCCAGAAGUAGAAGAAGUGGGGGUAGACACAGAAAGCAGUCCCAGACCAAACUUAGCCGCUCGCAUAGUAAGACAAGGACUACUCGCUGUGAGCCAAGUGACAGUUCCCAUUUAGAGUUGGCCGAAAGGGACUAUAGAGGUUACUCAUGCUCACUGGCUCGGUCACCAAGGGAACAGUCAGUGGCCAUGGAGCGGCAAAGGGCCCGACUUCACCUGGCACACAGCAACCCUAACAUUCUCGACUCCUCACACCUGCCCGUUACUCCAGAGUGGGAUGUGUCUGGAGAACUUGCCAAGCGACGCACAGAAAUGCCUUUCCCUGAGCCAAGUCAUGGCAAAUCAGCCCACCAUUCUAAGGUCCACCGCUCGCACUCCCACACCCAGGAGAGGAAAUCCAGAAAUGAACGCAGUGACAAGGCCAAGGAACGUUCCCGAUCAAUGGACAACUCUAAAGGUCCGCUUGGAGCUGGACUGAUUGGACCACCCGAUUAUUAUGAUGACCGGAGCCGUUACUAUACUGAUGAUGGCACCCUGCGAGCUAAUCAGAACUCUUCUCACUACUCUCGUGCCACACCCACUUCAACUAAGGUGCCUGGGGAUUCCCUGAGAUUGGAUGGGAGCAGGAACUUGGAGAAGAGUAAGAGCAGGGAUAGCCUCCCAGCAUAUUCACCAAAACCACUGCCUAACUCUGCCUCUCCUGAUGAUUACUUCCAAUGCCCUGGAUCCUCUGAGGGUAUUCUCACAUCAACAGCUUCUCUGGGAACUCUGGGCAAAAACAGCCAUGAUGGAUUAAAACCAGGUAGUAUUGACAGGCAGACUGAUAGACAGACAUCCCAUCCACCAGAAAAUAGGGAGGACUUAACAAAGGUGGGACCUAAGGGCAGCAGUUUGCCACCAAUACCCCUCUCUAUCCCUGACCUCCCUCUUUCUAAUGGACGACCUGCCCACAGCACCUCUUCUAAUCAGGAGAAACGAAAGGAGAUCUUUAGUAAAGAUACGCUCUUCAAACCUCCGCCUAGCCUGCCUUUGCCAGGUUACAGCUCUCUGAGAAAACCCACAGCCCUUGCCUCCUCAAAUCUGUCAUCAUCCUGCGAUGCUCUUGAUUCCCAAGAAGCCUUCGAUGCUCCUAAGCCUCUGUUGGCAACAUCAUCUGCUCCAUCACAAGGGACUGAACCCACAUCCAGUGCUGCAGAUGCAAACUUUGACUACUACAAUGUUUCAGAUGAUGAUGAACUUGAAGACGGAGGCGCGAAAAGUCAAGGAGAGGAUGAGAAGCCUGGAGGAAGCAUUGCUGUCAUGGGAGGAGGUGGAGCAGGAACCAUGCAAUGGCUGCUGGAAAGAGAGAAAGAGAGGGAUCUGCAGAGGAGGUUUGAAAGAACGCUUGCCUUCCCAGGUGUCAAAGAGAACCUUCCGGAGCCCAGUCAGAACCAGCAGUCAGCUCAUUCUGCUCGGCUGGACAGUAUGGACUCCAGCUCGGUCACUGUUGACAGUGGAUUCAAUUCCCCACGAACAAGAGAGAGCUUAGCAUCUAACACCUCUUCAAUAGUGGAGAGUAACCGACGGCAGAAUCUGGCCUUGAGCCCAGGCCACCUCAACAUCACUACUGGAAAUGGUCCUCCUUUCUCCUUCCGUGCCAUUCCGGAACCUGCUGGCACCCAACCAGAAAAACUCCAGAAGCCCAGUGCCUGCCUUGCGUCAAUCACCAGCGUCUAGGGUCAGAACUAAGAGCUGGGCAGGACACAGAGCCAGUGGACUGGUCAGAAAAUCCAAUCUGCAUUGACUGUUACAGUGAAAACUGACAGACUGACUGGCAGUGGAGCUGUGACAGGUCCUUUGUGAUUAUACCUGCUAACACACAUAUGGAUGGACACAGACAGGAAGUUAGAUCCCCAGGAAGCAGCUCGUUCACACAGAACUACACACACCAGGAUAUUGCACACUGUCAUUCUCUAGCCUCUAGUUUACACACUACAGCUUUUGUGUUUUUCAUACGUGUGGGUUCGAGUGAGUGAGUAAGUGAGUGACUGAGCGAGUGACUGAAUAGGGAAUGCUUGGAUAAUCUGUAAUCUCAGGUUAUGUUAUUUUCACGCCCAUUCAGCUGCUUAAGAUUACUUAACCCCCUCUUGUGGUGUCAACUGGUAUUACACACUGAGAAGCAACAGUUCUCCUGACUUAUAAGGGGUUCCCAGAGUUUCACUAACCAAUUCUUACUCAUUACUUGUCUCUGUUUGCCCUCAACUAACAUUUGCCAAUGGCAACACCCUUUAAGGUGCAGUGCCACAGAAAAUGGCAAUAAAAACCUUUACCAUCACUCCAAAACAUGAUAACACAUGUGAAGUGGUUAUAAAGGACAGUUGUUUUGUUUUACACGAGAACAUUUCUGUAGAAUGUAUGUAAGCAUUUCUUAUGUCUAUGGUGCCCAUCUGAACUCCCCGACACUGUUGGCGGUUUCUGUUCAGGCAGUAGUUAAACAUGGACAGCUGUAGGUCCAGAGAUGAGAUUUAUGAUUACAGACUGUUUAGACUUUUACCUUUUUUUCUUUUUGUUACCCUUCAUGUCCAUUGGGUACAGUCCAUCCAAAAACUGUGUUAUUAGUCCAGUGGAUAUAGAGUCCCUUGUCCAGUCUCAUAGAAGAAAAAAAAAACAAUAUUAAUGAUCAGAUUUACAUUAUAAAUCUAUGCAUUAUAUACAUUACAAUACUCUACACUGACAACUACAUUUGUGUAGUAUAUUAUGUGUGUAGGUAACAUGAAAUAUUUCUUGGUAUCCUGAGUCGUUUUUCUCAUUGAGAUUCAUUUCAUUCAGUUUCUGGACGUAUUUAUAAGAUGAGUUUUAGAUGCAAGUUGUUGAGGCUCUAAAGGCGUUAUUACAGCCUAUUUAACUGCUUGUCCACUACGUCUUUCCUCCUAUAAUACAGAUAUCGUCAUUCUAGUCACAGUAACCACCACCAACAAUCUGGAGACUAAAAGCAGUGCGAUGUUGGAAAUACUACCUCGACAAGACAACACAAUAAAGGAAAAAAAACGCUGAACAAGCAAACCAAACAACAAAAUUUAGACUCCUUGAUGUGAAGCAGCUUUAUUCAGUGGACAUGAGGGGUCAACGUUUACUUGUUUAAAUGUUUUUGACGUUUUAACCAACUAAAAUAACCACCCAUGUUCCAGAGACAGGACGUGCAUGAGAAUUCACGUUAUAAAUCCUUGUAUGAGAACAGCAAAGUCUGUGCUACAUGUUAAUGUGCCAUGUACAACAUUGCAGUUGCACUUGUAGUGACUUAAGAGUCCAACACAGAAUGCAAGAUCUAACAAACAAAACAUCCAGUCUUAUAUACACACACAGAGAAAAAGACAGGGAUUUGACAUUUUUAGUAUUUUUGCACAGCUUUUUCGCCAAUUUAUAUUUUUAUCAAGUUUAUAAAUACUUCAGUUUGUCUUCAAACGGCUUGAAUCAAAACCUUGAGCUAUUCACUCCUGGUGCUAAGAUGUAUUAUGGUCAGUGAAGGCCAUGAUAAAGACUAUAAUUACAAAUAAAGACAAUAUGGUAAGAUUAUAGUAUCAUACGGCUGCUGUACUUGCAUAUCUCUGGCACUGACCAUUCUCCCUUUUACUGGCCAGCAGCACAGAGAGUCCAGAUUGACUGAACAGGUGGAGCACCUGACUAUGUCACAGUGAUAUGUGAACUAAAAGCUACAUUUGAAAAUUGUUAUAAAUCAUGCUUGAAAUUGGGUUCAGAAACCUCUGUAGUGUUUUAGAGCAGUGAUUUCCUCUCAUCCGUUUGACUGUUUCCAUUGUUGCCAUCCGGUAAGUUUCUCUCUACUUAUACCAACUACCUCCAUAGAAGCGAAAAGACAGUCUGAAAUAUCACUGUCAUUAGCCUCUAGCCUGUGAAUGUCUUACAAACACAUGUAUUCAGUGCUCUCCAAGAGUAGGUUAACGGUACAGUGAUAUUUCAACCUACCGUCUGUGUAUAUACGGCAUAUUCAACUCACACAUGAAUAGUGUGGAGUAAAAGCUGAAGCCGGGCGCUGCUUGUGUUGGAUUCCAAUUGACUUUUAGAGGGCACCAUAAAUAUACUAUCACACUACAUAUCAAAGUGUUGAAGUCACUGUUUUUUUCCUUUACAUGUUACAACAGUAACAGACUCCAUCCAGUGCUGACCUUCAGAAAAGUUCUCAUUAAAAGACUAUUUCACAUCUACAUUUCACUUGUUGUGUAACUGACAUCAUUUUUUGGUCUUUGCAUUUUUCCCCAGUAUUCUUCUACAUUGGGUCCCCUGCAGUUCUUGGGUUGUAUCCCUCAGGGAUGUUCUGUUCUCUGGAACAGAGUGUUCAAUGUUAAGUAUUCUAGAAUUGUAGCCCUUAGUCAAUCAUGCCUGAAGGUUUCUACCACUUUUACCAGUUUUAGUCACCUUUUGUCAGUAUUCAACAAAUCUGCGAAACAUCCUUUAUCUAUCUGUAAUAAGGUUCUUGUCUCUCCUCUUUCCCUAGAGUAGGUAGUUUUUCUUACUACCUUUACACUAGGAUUUUAGUCCCAAUUAUACUUUUACACAUAGGUUGUUUGUGCCAUUUGUACCCACGUUGUAAGACUAUAGAAAGACUAUAGAAAGAUGAGAAUAAGUCCUGAUAUCACUGCUCCACCUUCACCACUGAGAGUGAGUCCUGUCCCUGCAGAUACAGGAUUUUUACUCUGUAUUUUCAAACAAAUCUUAGGCUUACUAUUACAGCUAUUGAAGCCUCAGUAGUAGAAAUUAAUCUCUGCAUCUCUUUUACCAUGUUUGAAGGUUUUUAGCUCUUGUUCCACAGCAGCGGGGUUCUUCUUUGUUCCACCAGUGAAAUAGGGCUUUGUGUCUGCCUGCUGGAACACGUGUUACGUCUCUCAUCUCUAAUGUUUGCACUGCUCCCUACCCCGAGCCUCCACAUUGUCUCCUGGCCCAGUGGCCUUACAUCAACCCUUUGUCUUCUCCAGCACAAUCCCUGUUUCUACAGUGACAGUCCAUGAAAUGUCUUCCCUUAACAUUAGCGGUUGUUUUUAAGACUGGAGAUUCUCAACAAUAACAAUGUUUCUAAUGGUGACAAUAUGUCAUACCUGUAAAUUAUGUUCAUCUGUUAUAACUAGUCAAAACAAUUUAAAUAAUAAAAAGGAGGGAUUUUUUUAAAAUGUCUAUAAUAUCCAAAAGUCCCUUUGAUGUGUCGUACUGGUGUUACUGUUGUUGUAGUGUAUGUAAUGCCUAAUGGGGAUUGUGUUACUUUUUAUGAUAAUAAAAUAACAAUGUUUGGUUA